AUGAGAACAACCCGCACAGGAACCGCCUCUGUCUUGGACACAACUCUUACACGUCUCAUAGAUGAUGUUACAGAGAAUGGAUCAUGUUUUUUUGCAGACGAUGAGAACUUGCAGCAUUACAAAAGUCACUUAAGCCAUCUCGAAACAGCAUCAAAGAUAGCUCUGCUUCGGGAAUGUCUAUGCGUGCGACCGCCUUUGCCACUCCUACCCGAGGACCUCCUUCAAGACAUCGACACCAUCCUCGCACAGCUUCAUCAGCACAAGAUACUUACUCCAGUCUCCUCACUCUCGCCGUCGCGCUUGAUCGAACAUGGUGGCCAUGGGGCAACUAGGAUUCAUCUCUGGAGAGGCGACAUCACGACCUUGACGGGUGUCACAGCUAUCACUAACGCCGCCAACAGCCAGGGCCUGGGAUGCUUUCAACCAACUCACCGAUGUAUCGACAACAUCAUCCAUGCUGAGGCAGGACCACGACUACGUGAAGAGUGCUUUCGACGGAUGCAAGUCAGAGGAAAGGAGCUUGAGCCUGGAGAUGUACUUGUCACUGGAGGUCAUGCGCUCUUCGCUUCUUCAGUGAUGCAUACCGUUGGACCGCAGCUCAAGAGAGGUGCUUCACCUAGUGAAACUGAGAGGAGGCAACUGGCGAAGUGCUACGAGUCGAUUCUUGAAGCUUUAGAACUUUUGCCAUCUGAGGAGGAUGGUAGCAAGUCAGUCGCUCUGUGCUGCAUCUCGACCGGUUUGUUUGCAUUUCCGGCAGAUGAGGCAGCUGAGAUUGCAGUGUCAACCGUCACAUCCUGGCUUCAGAAGCAUCCGUCAACGACGAUUACAGACGUUAUCUUCAACACAUUCACCGAAUCAGACACUGAGAUUUACUCAAAGCUUCUUGGGGCUUCGCCGACAAAACCGCUCUCACAUACCAAGAGCCUGCCACAGAAUUCUCUCAGCUUGGCGCGACACUGGCUCGCUUCAGCAGACGCUGUCCUCGUCACAGCCGGCGCAGGUCUAUCAGCUGCAGAAGGCUUGGACUACCAUUCUCGGGACCUCUUCAAGAAGAACUUCCCGGGCUGUCUCAAGCUUGGUUUGACUUCAUUAUACAGUGUCUUUGGCUUUAACGGCUGGCCUUCCGAGGAGCAUCGCUGGGGGUAUUUCUUUACUCAUCUAAAUAUGGUGGCAAACUGGUCAAAUACGCCGACUUACCAGGCUCUGAUCCCAUGGCUGAAGAGUUUUGGGCAAGACGCGUUUGUGCGGACGUCAAAUGCCGAUGGGCUCUUUCUCGCAAAUGGCUGGCCAAAAGAGCAACUUUCUACGCCGCAGGGCUCGUAUGGCUAUUUGCAGUGUCUGAAUAACUGUAGAGUUGACGCUGUCGUGCCAUCUGCUCCUCUUGUAGCUGAUGCAAUGCCUCAUAUUGACAAGACGCAAAAACUGUUAGACUCGAGCAAGAUUCCUUUGUGCAGGUUCUGCGGUUCGAAAAUGAGUAUCUGCGUCCGAGCGGGUUCAUGGUUCAAUCAAGCGCCUUUCCAAAAAGGCGAAGCUCAAUGGAAAGCAUGGAAGUCUCGGGUCCUAAGAGAAAAGAAGAAUGUGGUGAUUUUAGAACUUGGCGUUGGAAUGAACACUCCAGGUGUUUUGCGAUGGCCGAAUGAAGAUUUGGUGAUGCGAAGUGAAGGGCGAGUCAAGCUGGUUCGCGUUGGCAUGGGCCCUGAAGCGAUGGUGCCAUGGGAUCAGGAAGACGACGGUCUGAGCACUUGUAUUCAAGGCGACAUCGGGCGCGCGAUUCCUCUGUUACUAGAAUAA